UCACGAAGCUAUUGCGAAUAUUAUAAAUACUGUAGUCGGCUUCACGCAACUCAACACUCACUUUGAACAUUUCUCUCAUUUUCGACUUCACGUUUCUCUCCGCCGUAGCAAUGAGGACAUCCAUGUUGAGAUCUUUGGCUCGUAGAACCUCAACCGCCGGCACGUCGUACCUCACGCGCCGUGGAUUCGCAUCGGAGUCUGCUCCGGACAGGAAAGUCGCUAUUUUAGGUGCAGCUGGAGGGAUCGGGCAGCCUCUGUCACUUCUCAUGAAACUGAAUCCUUUAGUUUCCAGACUUGCACUCUAUGAUAUUGCCGGAACUCCUGGUGUUGCAGCUGAUGUCAGCCAUAUCAACACCAGAUCUGAGGUUCUGGGUUUUGCAGGAGAAGAACAGCUAGGGAAGGCUUUGGAGGGAGCUGAUGUUGUCAUUAUUCCGGCUGGUGUGCCACGAAAGCCUGGUAUGACCCGUGAUGAUCUGUUCAACAUUAAUGCUGGUAUUGUUAAGUCUCUUUGCAUAGCCAUUGCAAAGUAUUGCCCUCAUGCACUUAUCAAUAUAAUCAGCAAUCCUGUGAAUUCCACUGUCCCAAUUGCAUCUGAGGUGUUCAAGAAGGCCGGAACCUAUGAUGAGAAGAGACUCUUUGGAGUGACCACACUUGACGUUGUUAGGGCAAAGACUUUCUAUGCUGGAAAAGCUAAAGUUAAUGUUGCUGAUGUCAGUGUCCCCGUUGUUGGUGGUCAUGCUGGCGUAACUAUCCUCCCGUUAUUUUCCCAAGCCACUCCAAGUGCAAAUUUGUCAAGUGAAGAAAUUGAGGCACUCACCAAGCGCACCCAAGAUGGUGGCACUGAAGUUGUGGAGGCCAAGGCUGGAAAGGGUUCAGCCACUCUCUCGAUGGCCUAUGCUGGUGCCAUCUUCGCGGAUGCUUGCUUGAAGGGACUGAAUGGGGUUCCAGAUGUUGUAGAGUGUUCAUUCGUACAGUCAACUGUGACAGACCUGCCAUUCUUUGCAUCCAAGGUGAGACUUGGUAAAAAUGGUGUGGAGGAAGUCCUAGGAUUAGGUGCACUUUCAGACUACGAGAAACAAGGACUUGAAGCUCUUAAACCAGAGCUGAAAUCGUCCAUUGAGAAAGGAAUCAAAUUUGCCAACUCUUAAUUAAACGGAAAAAAAACGAUAAGACUUUGAAGUUUGCCAGUUCCAUUUUUGGAUACAUUUGAGUGAUUGGGUUCCUUGCUGCCUGAGGCAUUAGAUUUAGCUUUUAUAAUCCGAGAUAGUAGUAAGAGGUAUAUUUGUAGAAAAUAAUCAUCGGCAGACAGACUUGUGAUGGGUGCAUUUUCCUUCAAUAAUCUACAAUGUUGAACCUACUACUAAAUGUAUGUGAUUGAUUGUACUUGAUAUACUUUAUUGGGAAAUGAAAUAUAGGAACUUGCAAGAAGGAAA